UCAUUAUAAAAAUGUCCAUGUUGGGGUUGUUCUUUUGAAAAUUUUAUCACAAUCCCGCCAUGUUUGACCAUGUCUCCUGAGUAGUCGUUUUCUUAUUUACCUUUACUUAUGCAAUGAAUAACGCCAAACCGACUAUAAAGGAUGCUAAUUUAUCGAUUAAUAAAGUCAAAAAUACCAUACGAUUUAAUAUAAAGUUGGAGGAAUCAAACGAAACCACUUGCCCUGAAAUAUUCUAUUCCGAGCUAUAUAAGAGUGAAUACCAUAAGCAGAAAGAUGGUAGAGCUAUAAAAAAAGAUGAAAGUGAUUCUUCUAGUCCUGAUGCUUUUAAUUCUAAGGAAAGAAAGAUUGAAGAAGAAAGAAUAUCAACAAUUGUUCAAAGUUUGGAAGCUAAAUAUGGUUCAAAUAGAUCCAAGAAGAAGAAGAAGAAAUUUAGGAAGAAAAUUGUUGACCUAUUAGACAUGGGAAUGGGUUAUGAUGAAUCUGAUAGCUUUAUAGAUAAUUCAGAAGCAUAUGAUGAAUUGGUGCCUUCGACGCUUACAACAAAAUUGGGUGGCUUUUAUAUAAAUUCCGGUAUUUUGGAAUUCAAGGAACUAACCUCAUCCUCGAGUGAUGAGGAUGAAUUGUCGCUACCAGAUAAGAGUGAAUCCGCUGCCAUUGACAACAAUUCUGCGGAUGCUAAAAAUAACGCUCUUGGCAAUCGCCCCGAAAUCGCGAUCGUAGAAUUAAAAAACCUCAACCAUCGCACCGUUAACAAUAAUAAACAACAUUUCGUACAGAAUAGUCGCGUUCUGCUGACCAAAAAAUUAGCGCAUGAUUUAAAGAACGCUAGCAUCGGCAAAAAAACUUCCCACUACAGCCCCAUAACACUUGUCAAGGACAGAAAGAAAAUGAACAAAAAGAGCCCUAUCAUUAGUAAUCAAUCCAGCACCUCCUCCCCAAUCCCUUCCCUAUCUAAUGACCAAAAACAUCUCGGCAACAAAUUGUCCUCUCCUCACGUCGUCACUAACAACAGUCUGGCUGCAAAGCUCUCCAAAAAACUCAUCAAAAAGUCCUCCGCCAUUUCCGGCUCAUCCCCCAAUCUGACUCCCUCGCCUCAUCACCCAUUCAAAUCUUCCAACAAUCAAUCGUCAUCUAAUUCUCAGCCUACAUUGUCAAAUACCUGCGCCAUUCAAAAUUUAACGCCUGAUGUAAGCCACAAUCAAAACACUUCAAGCUUCUACUACACUCUGAAUGACACUCUUAAAUCGUUGGUUGAUCAAUUGAUACACAUAUCUUCUACCUCAACCCCGCCAGCCUCCUGCUCUACCGCAUCUUUUAACCUCGUCAAAAACUCGGAAAAAUUGGCGUCCCCGCGAUUUUUCACACCUCAAAUAAAUGCUGUCCUGCUUUCGGUCGAAAACGAGUCCCGCAAGAGCCUCAAUUACACGCAACGAUCUCGCAUGUACGACCUUAUAAUGCGCCACGUGCCCUGUAGCCGAGAUACCCUUUUGAAAAGGACCAAGAGACUUUGGCAAGAAGACAAAGAACACAGGCUGGACAAAGCCCUCGGACAGUUUCACAAUGCACUCAAAUGCGUCGACAAAUCGCAAAAGGAAGCCAUUUCCGACCCCCAAUGGCCUAAACUGACGAGCGAGCUGGUGCUAACCAAUCAUGCUCGGAGAUUCCUCGAAGAAGUGGUCACCUUAAAAUUGGAAUUCUGGGACAGACAAAGGCAUUACCAUAGCCAUAGCUCUCAAAUCACGCCCCUUUUAUACGUUUUGGAAUUCGUCAAAACUGACAUUGUCUCCCGUUUCCCACGGAAUUCUGACGAACUCAAUAUCGAGUUUUUAAAGAAUUUUAUAGAGCCGUUCGUUGACGCUUAUCAAAUUUUUACCAACUCAAAAAAGGUGAAGAAACACCAUACCAACAGACUUAUAAGCAAAGUAAUUUCUCCGACAGAGAAAAUUCUAGUGCCACCACUCGAAGAUUCUACAUAUGCCCUGCUGCCCUCAUCCACUACUUUACCAAUCAAAUGUUCGAAUAAAACCACUCCCCCUGCCUCAAAUACUAGCUACAGCUCUGCCAAUGAUUUAGACAAGGCUCCAAAACUUCUACUCGCCAGUAUUAGCAAAAACAAUGGCAACCACCCGUCCACCUUUCUCAAACGCAAAAUUAAACCUAUUCCGGUUUCACAUUUUGGCAAUACCACCUCACCUCCUAUAACCAUUCUCGUUUCAACGCCCAUCAUUGAAACCUCCCUCAAAACGUCAUCCCCAGAUGAUUCACAUAUUCCUAGUUCCCAAUACAAACGUAAAAUAGAUCCGACGUCAUAUGCUAACGAAAUGGAUUCAGAUCUUACCACUUCCUUCAAUCCUAUCAUCAAAAAGUUGGACACUCGUUCUACCCCUGUCAGAUAUUCCCUCAAUCAGCCUGCCUUGUCAUUGGCAACCUCCUCCACCCACGAUUUAGCUUCCGACUUGAAGCUCAACGUGAGCCUCAAAAUGCAGUCCUUAUCGUUAAAUAGAAAGUUGUCUUCCCCCAUCAUCGAGCCACUUGACUACCCUAUUCCUAAAAUCGGCGCCCCGAUACACAAGUUGCACGCACCUUAUUUAACAACCGAUCUAGUACCGAGCUUAUCCCAUUUAAAGGACAUGGAGAUGCUAGCACUCGGGCCCACUAUGCUACCCCCUCAUCUUGGGAUCAACGACGAUAUAUCCGGCUUUAUAGUUAACGCCAUUAGGAAAGAGUUAGGGUCAUCUCCCGACAAAGUUCAUCAUUCUAAACCCUUCGAGUUUCUGGAGGCUAAUAAUAGGGACCCAAUCCUCCGUUCUAAGACAAUGGUUAACCCUGAAACUGGAAUCCUGAUGAACCCUCCAUCUUUUUUUCCACCAUACCCCAUCGGUUCCCUCCCCUAUUCCAACAUGAUUGUUCAUUCCUUGCAAUCUAUCAACUCCUCGAAACAAUCAUUUUUAUCUAAUGCUGAAGCCAAAAAUAAUCAAUUAAUUCGGCCCAAAUCGGACAAACUUAAAAAAAAUGUUGGCCACCCACUGGGUAAUAAUAUACCACCUUCUUCCUUGUUCGAUAGCAUGUCGGGCUUUCACGCCAUGUUACAAUAUCAUCAAAAGCACAAACUCAUGACGGGUAGUCAACAAUUACCCUUUGUGUUUCCCACUUUGCCCCAUGAAAUUUCUCCCCUACCCUUUCUCAACCCAAAUUUCUCUUCGAACUCAUCUGAAAACAGAACAUUUAACCAUAAGCAAAAAAUUUUACCCACUAGUCUGCAAGAUAUCGUCUCCAAAUCUGUAAACAAUGCCACUUUACAGAAUGAGGACUCCGAAUUUCCCCAGAAAUCCAUCGAUUCAAAUUUACAGACCAUCAUAACGUUAGAUGAUGAAUGAUGCAUAAUAUUGUAUUAAUAACAUUUUCAGUUUGUAUAUAAUGUAACUUUUUUGUUAGUUGAAGAUGAUAAUUUUUUUU